UGCAGAGUGCAGCUCAGCCUCGACAGCGGCUGCUUCCACUUGGGGGUCCUCGCUGAGCAUCGCACUCCCAUGUGCGCUGCCGUGCCCGCUGGAUGUUGAAAACGCGCCGCGCGCCACGCCAGGAGCCACCAUGUCCAACCCGACCCACGACCCGUUCUACUCCUCUCCCUUCGGACCCUUCUACCGGAGACACUCGCCCUACAUGGUCCAGCCCGAGUAUCGGAUCUACGAGAUGAACAAGCGGCUGCAGGCGCGCACGGAGGAAAGCGACAGUUUGUGGUGGGAUGCCUUCGCCACAGAGUUCUUCGAGGAGGACGCCACUCUCACGCUCUCCUUCUGCCUGGAAGAUGGACCAAAGAGAUACACGAUCGGCCGGACGCUGAUCCCCCGUUACUUCAGCACGGUGUUCGAGGGCGGGGUCACCGAGCUCCACUACAUCCUCAAACACUCCAAGGAGUCCUUCCACAACUCCUGCAUCACCCUGGACUGUGAUCAGUGCACCAUGGUCACCCAGCACGGGAAGCCAAUGUUUACAAAGGUUUGCACGGAGGGUCGUCUGAUCCUGGAGUUCGCCUUCGACGACCUGAUGCGGAUCAAGACGUGGCACUUUACCAUCCGGCAGUACCGGGAGCUCAUCCCUCGCAGCAUCCUCGCCAUGCACGCACAAGACCCUCAGGUGCUGGAACAACUGUCCAAAAACAUCACUCGCAUGGGUUUGACCAACUUCACCCUCAACUACCUCAGGCUGUGCGUCAUCCUGGAGCCCAUGCAGGAGCUCAUGUCCAGGCACAAGACCUACAACCUCAGCCCGCGGGACUGUCUCAAGACAUGCCUGUUCCAGAAGUGGCAGCGGAUGGUCGCCCCACCAGCUGGACACCCACAGAACUUCAAAACGGAAAUAUUUCCCACGAAUCACAAAAAAGGUCGCGCCAAAGCUGAGCCCGCCCGACAGACCACCACCAAGAGGAGGAAACGGAAGAACUCGGCCAGCAGCGCCAACAGCAGCGUGGGCACCGCCGCCGGCAAGAAGCGCAGCCCCGCCACCAACUUCAGCCUCUCCAGUCAGGUACCUGACGUGAUGGUCGUGGGCGAGCCCACCCUGAUGGGCGGCGAGUUCGGCGACGAAGACGAGCGCCUGAUCACCCGCCUGGAGAACACGCAGUACGACGCCACCAACGGCCUGGACGACGAGGACGACUUCAACAGCUCCCCGGCGCUGGGCAACAACGCCCCCUGGGGCAGCAAGCCCCCCUCCGCCCAGGACAGCAAGCCGGAGAGCACGGCGGCGCAGCCCUCGCAGUAGAAGACAGAC